AGGGACUUUGCAGAUAAUGCGCCUCUCUUCCAGCUUCUGUCAUUCUGUGGGUAUUGUUUGUUGUCAUAAAGAUGGAGUUCUUACUGGGCAAUCCGUACAGCACUCCCGUGGGCCAGUGCUUAGAGAAGGCCACGGAUGGCGGCCUGCAGGCUGAGGACUGGACCCUCAACAUGGAGAUCUGUGACAUCAUCAAUGAGACGGAGGAAGGGCCUAAAGAUGCCAUCCGGGCGCUGAAGAAGAGACUGAGUGGGAACAGGAACUACCGGGAGGUGAUGCUAGGAUUGACGGUGCUGGAGACGUGUGUAAAGAACUGCGGCCACCGGUUUCAUGUCCUCGUGGCUAACCGGGACUUCAUUGAUGGUGUCCUCGUCAAAAUCAUCUCCCCCAAAACCAACCCCCCCACCAUCGUACAGGACAAAGUCCUGGCUCUGAUCCAGGCCUGGGCAGAUGCAUUCAGGAGUAGUCCUGACCUGACGGGGGUGGUCCAUAUUUAUGAGGAGCUGAAGAGGAAAGGCAUAGAGUUCCCCAUGGCUGACCUGGACACUCUGUCACCCAUCCACACACCACAGAGGGGUCUACCAGAGGUGGACCCAGCUGUACUAAAGUACAAAGCCCCCAUCCAGCCCCACGCUGCAGCCACAGCCACCCUCCCCAAGCCUGCAGCCGCCCCGGCUCCGGCCCCCGCCCCCCUCACCCCCAUCCUACAGAUACCACACAUCCCCAACGUACAGGGCCCCAUCACCGCCAACCCUGAACAGAUCGCCCGGCUGCGCAGUGAACUGGACAUUGUGAGGGGAAACACCAAAGUGAUGUCAGAGAUGCUGACUGAGAUGGUGCCUGGACAGGAGGACUCCUCGGACCUGGAACUCCUUCAGGAGCUGAACAGGACGUGCAGGGCCAUGCAGCAGCGGGUGGUGGAGCUGAUCUCCCGGGUCUCCAACGAGGAGGUGACAGAGGAGCUGCUGCACGUCAACGACGACCUCAACAACAUCUUCCUACGAUACGAGAGGUAUGAGAGGUACCGGUCGGGUAGAGCGGCUCAGAAUAACGGGAUGCUGAGUGAAGCCACAGAGGACAACCUGAUAGACCUAACGCCAGGCUCGCCCGCUGUGGUCAGCCUCCGAGCCACCUCCACACCCCCGUCCAGCAUCCCCCCUGUGACCGCCCCUAGGGCUGGGGCUACAGCCUCCCCUGCCCGGACCCUGAUCCAAGACCCUACCUCUGGUCCCUCAACUCUGUCCACUCAGCUCGCCGGCCUGGAUGUGGGUCGGGUUAGUGUCAGUGGUACCCUGUCCUCUCUGUCAGGCCACAACCCUGGAGAUGACUUUGACAUGUUUGCUCAGACCAGGACCAGCUCUCUGGCAGAUCAACGCAAAAAUGUGAAGUACGAGGACCCUCGAGCCCUGGGUGGGCUUGCCUCAGCUCUGGACGUCAGACAACAGAACGCCACUGGAGGGCUGAGGGUCAUAGGGGAUGAUAACCCAGAGUUGGAGCUGCCCAUAGACAGCUGGCUUAUUACCCAAGGAAUGAUCCCCGUAUCGCAGUCCUCUGUCAUGGAUGACAUAGAGGAGUGGCUCUGUGCUGAUGUGAAAGGCGAUGGUGAGGAAGGGGUGACGAGUGAAGAGUUUGAUAAGUUUCUGGAGGAUCGAGCGAAGGUGGUCGAUUCCUUACCAUCGCUCCCUGGUGAUGAGCCUGGUCCCCCUCUCAGCGCCCCCAGCGGCACCCGCAAGAAGGCUGAACGGACGGAGGAUGCCCUCUUUGCCUUGUAGACUCUCCCCCAGGAAACCUCUCUCUCUGAGGCAUCUGCAGUACCUAGGUAUCCCCUAUCCGCCACUCCUGCCAAGCAGCAGUGUAGCUACUGAACUGAACACCAAUCCUCCUCCUGCAGAGGACCAUGCUUGCUGUCUGCCUGCCCAGCCGCGUUGCAUCAUGUAUUACUAUUGAGGUUUUGAUCAGUCUGUCAGUGUGGGAUGUGUCUGUCGUCUUGUAUCUCAUCUGCAGCUAGCUACCCUAAGGAGGAUAUAACCUAACAUUGUGAGGAUGAGGAUAACAUGACAAAACCUCGUCUUUAUGUUCCUCUGAAGGUGUGAAGGUUAACAGAAAAAAUCCUUCUGAAAAAGCAGACCGAGGCAUAUAGUCUAUACAAACAGAGGAGGACUGUGUUAUUUUAAUAAAUGUAGCUUAUGAAUAAUUGAUGCAUUUAUUCUUUUAACGGUUUGUACUGUACUAUGUACUAGCGCUGCACUCUGUAGUUGUCUCUCUUUUAUUAUUUACUCAUGUUCCUUUUUUGGUUUCCUUAACCCUUUCAUUACCCAUUCUACAGUUGUGAAAUGUUGGUACAGGGAAAGGCAAUGCAUGAGGAAGGACUACUGUUUGACAGACUCCAUGCUAGUGUUACUCAAUUAUGGCACAAUAGUUCUGCAGGGCCAAAUAGCAAACAUUACUUACCCGUAUCUGCCUGUCUCCACAUUUCAAAAGGGAGAAGGAAAAAAUAUAUAUAGCUGCAAGCAGCCAUGUCAAGGUUCAAGCCCUAUGGCACCACAGCAAAUAUCUGUCACACAGCUUUUAUAUUUGCUUUCCUUCUUGAAAAGCUGUUGUCAACUUCCCUCCAUGUGGUGUGUACAUACUGUAGGGAAGGAAAAGGUCCAAAAUAGUGUUUUCAAUCAGAACCUAAGUAACACCCACCAAAUAUUUCUGAUCGAUAUUAUACAGGGGGUACCGGUACCAUACAUUGACUCGUUAACGUUACCCCCUGUAUAUAGCCUGCACAUUGACUCGUUAACGUUACCCCCUGUAUAUAGCCUGCACAUUGACUCGUUAACGUUACCCCCUGUAUAUAGCCUGCACAUUGACUCGUUAACGUUACCCCCUGUAUAUAGCCUGCACAUUGACUCGUUAACGUUACCCCCUGUAUAUAGCCUGCACAUUGACUCGUUAACGUUACCCCCUGUAUAUAGCCUGCACAUUGACUCGUUAACGUUACCCCCUGUAUAUAGCCUGCACAUUGACUCGUUAACGUUACCCCCUGUAUAUAGCCUGCACAUUGACUCGUUAACGUUACCCCCUGUAUAUAGCCUGCACAUUGACUCGUUAACGUUACCCCCUGUAUAUAGCCUGCACAUUGACUCGUUAACGUUACCCCCUGUAUAUAGCCUGCACAUUGACUCGUUAACGUUACCCCCUGUAUAUAGCCUGCACAUUGACUCGUUAACGUUACCCCCUGUAUAUAGCCUGCACAUUGACUCGUUAACGUUACCCCCUGUAUAUAGCCUGCACAUUGACUCGUUAACGUUACCCCCUGUAUAUAGCCUGCACAUUGACUCGUUAACGUUACCCCCUGUAUAUAGCCUGCACAUUGACUCGUUAACGUUACCCCCUGUAUAUAGCCUGCACAUUGACUCGUUAACGUUACCCCCUGUAUAUAGCCUGCACAUUGACUCGUUAACGUUACCCCCUGUAUAUAGCCUGCACAUUGACUCGUUAACGUUACCCCCUGUAUAUAGCCUGCACAUUGACUCGUUAACGUUACCCCCUGUAUAUAGCCUGCACAUUGACUCGUUAACGUUACCCCCUGUUUAUAGCCUGCACAUUGACUCGUUAACGUUACCCCCUGUAUAUAGCCUGCACAUUGACUCGUUAACGUUACCCCCUGUAUAUAGCCUGCACAUUGACUCGUUAACUUUACCCCCUGUAUAUAGCCUGCACAUUGACUCGUUAACGUUACCCCCUGUAUAUAGCCUGCACAUUGACUCGUUAACGUUACCCCCUGUAUAUAGCCUGCACAUUGACUCGUUAACUUUACCCCCUGUAUAUAGCCUGCACAUUGACUCGUUAACGUUACCCCCUGUUUAUAGCCUCGUUAGUGUUCCUUUAUUGGUGCUCUUUUACUUUGGUUCAUUUAGUAAAUAUUUUUCUUAACUCUCUUAUUUUCUAUAAAACUGCAUUGUUGGUUAAGGGCUUGUAAAUAAGCGUUUCACAGUAAUGUCUGUUCUAUUUGGCGCAUGUGACAAAUGGAAUGUGAUUAAUACUACCACGACAACGGUAAAACAGCCGUAUGAGUUGCAGCAGUGACGUUCCUCUCUGGUACUACCUGUACACUAUGUAAGUGUAGCGAUUUUGAGUUCUUCCAAAUACUUUUUAAUGACAAAGUCAUUUAGUAAUUGUUUAUCAGAGGAGGUUGGUGGCACCUUAAUUGGGAAGGGCGGGAACGUGGUAAUGGCUGGAGCGGAAUAAGUGGAAAGGUAUCAACAACAUCAGACAUAUGGUUUCCAUGUGUUUAAUGCCCUUCCAUUCGCUUCUUUCCAGCCCCUCAGCAGCCUCCACUGGUGUCUUCUGAUAUUGGGCUAUUCUUCAAUGUUUUCCUUCCCCUUCUACCAUGAGACCAAUUUCAUGAACUUCAUGCACUUUUGGACCCUUGACCGUUUCGGUAUGUUUAUCCUUGUGUUAAUAAGAUGGGAACUGUUUUUAUAGGACACAAGACAUUUUCUUAGACUAAUUGCAUAUGAUUUUAUAUCUUUAUGAAAUUUCAGCCCUUUUCUGCUCUACAAAGCACACUUUACAGACAGUCGUAAAUAGAAAAACGGACCCUUUUCCUGAUAUGGAAAUGAAAGGAAUAGUGCAGGUGAAAUAUGGCACUGAAAAUCGAAUCAAAUUGUACAUUUAUGAUGGCGUAUUGGUAGCAUACUUCACAGGAAAUAGUUAUUGCAAACAUGCAUGUACGUAUGUUUACAUAAAUAUGUGUAUAUACAUCAGAAAUAUGUGAGUAUUACCUGCAGUACAUGUUUAAAAGUCCAACUGAAUUAUUAGCUUUUGUGUAGGUCGCUAAGUCGAAAGGCUAACUCAUUAAUGUAUUGUUUGGUCUCCUGGUUGUAUAUGUACAGUAAUGUCAUGCAGGAAAAUGAAUUCCUCCCAGAUCCUUUCUACUUUGGGGAAGCUCCCCUGCUCUCCUCUCUUUACAAAUACAUGUGUGGAACAGAAAUAGGUUCGGCUGUGCUUCGGGAGGAUGACCAAAAACGUUAUUUUUACCGUGUUUUAUGUGUUUUUACUGUGGUCUAAAUUGUCUGGUAAAGCUUCCUGUCUUUUAUUUUUGAGGAUUACAGUGGGUAGUAGCUGUGGGCUGUGACUCUGCUAGUGGGACUCCCCCUUUUAACCUGUUAACAUUCUAUUUUACUUUGCUUACCUACAGUAGGUAAUGGAGUUAGAUGAGGGCAUAACAUUCUCUUCCUGUUGUCAGGAAAACAUGGGCUACAGACCUUUGAGGCAAAAGAGGUUCGUUCUUCAUUUCAACUCUUUUGCCAGUACUUUUCAAAGUUAAUGCUUAUAAAGCUUCUACAAUUAACACCAAAUGAAUAACUACAAAACGCCACGACGUUUCACUUCAAUAGGAACUAUGUGUUUACUUACAAGUAUCCUUAUAUACUUAUCAAAGUUGUGUAUUAUACUGUAAAUGAGAUACUCAAAUAAGUAAAAAAGACCUUACUGUAUUUUAUUGAAAAACAUCUGCUUCCAGAUCAAACAUUAUUUGUAACAAUCAUUUAUAAAUGUUAGAGGGUGAUAUUACAAACAAGUACAUUAUUUGUAACAGUCAUUUAUAAAUGUUAGAGGGUGAUAUUACAAACAAGUACAUUAUUUGUAACAAUCAUUUAUAAAUGUUAGAGGGUGAUAUUACAAACAAGUACAUUAUUUGUAACAAUCAUUUAUAAAUGUUAGAGGGUGAUAUUACAAACAAGUACAUUAUUUGUAACAGUCAUUUAUAAAUGUUAGAGGGUGAUAUUACAAACAAGUACAUUAUUUGUAACAGUCAUUUAUAAAUGUUAGAGGGUGAUAUUACAAACAAGUACAUUAUUUGUAACAGUCAUUUAUAAAUGUUAGAGGGUGAUAUUACAAACAAGUACAUUAUUUGUAACAGUCAUUUAUAAAUGUUAGAGGGUGAUAUUACAAACAAGUACAUUAUUUGUAACAAUCAUUUAUAAAUGUUAGAGGGUGAUAUUACAAACAAGUACAUUAUUUGUAACAGUCAUUUAUAAAUGUUAGAGGGUGAUAUUACAAACAAGUACAUUAUUUGUAACAGUCAUUUAUAAAUGUUAGAGGGUGAUAUUACAAACAAGUACAUUAUUUGUAACAGUCAUUUAUAAAUGUUAGAGGGUGAUAUUACAAACAAGUACAUUAUUUGUAUGAUUUGUCUUGGGCAUUAAUGUUUGAAUGUGUUUUAGAAUACUGUAACAGAAUAAACUGUUAUUAAUGCGCUUGAA